AUGCGAUUGUUUAAGAGCGAAACGUACUUCGAAAUAUCACACAAAUUGUUCUUGAUCUGUUUCAUCAUCGCAGCAGAUGGUAUCGGGAGGCUGCAUGGAUCGUUUAUCCCUCACAUAGGAAACCAUAAAGUGGUCGGUGGUCACGAUGCCAAACCCGGAGAAGCUCCGUUCCAGGUUUCGUUGUUGAUAGACAACAAACACCAAUGCGCCGGAAGUAUAAUCAACGAGCAUUGGAUCCUGACGGCAGCUCACUGUAUCGAAUGCAAAGAUGAGUCCAGCAUGUCUAUCUUGGCCGGAACCAAUAGUUUGUCCAGUGGAGAAGGUCAUCGGUACCAGGUGGAUCGAUACGUUGUCCAUCCCAUGAAUAACAAUCCCUUCCGGCAUAAUGAUAUCGGUCUGAUCCGGUUGAAGGAAUCGCUAGAAUUUGGAGAGCUGGUUAAGCCGAUCGAAGUGUACCCGGAUGCGAUUCCGGAAGGCUCCCCAGUAACGCUCUCCGGCUGGGGACUUACGGAUAGCGAUGAACAGGAAGCGUCGGAUUGGUUGCAAAUCUUGGAUUUGGCUGUUUUCUCGUUCGACGAGUGCUUCAAAUUUCACGACGACAUUUUCGAUGGUCACAUGUGCACUUUCACGCAAUACGGAGAAGGAUCUUGUAUGGGUGAUUCGGGUGGUCCAUUGACGUUCGAGGGUAAACUGGCAGGUAUCGUCAGCUAUGGAAUCCCGUGUGCUCGUGGGUAUCCGGAUGUCUUCACUCGUGUAUCGUUCUAUCAGGACUGGAUUAAGGACACAAUUAGCGAUGGGCAGUAG